AUGGCCUCCGUGACGCCCAACAUGACGCCGGCCGUCGACCAGACCUAUGGACAGCGCAGCGUCUUUGGCGGCGACGGCCUGGCGACAGCGCCGAUGGACGCAGACCUUGACUGUGAAGACGAGCAGGAGGCCCUGGCCUAUCUGCGGCUUGUCCGAGACGAAGCGAACAAGAUCCCACACGUCAUGGUCAUGCCCCGGCAUGGACCGCAGGCACUCCCGCCGGGGUUUGCGGCAGCGGCCGCGGCCGCAUCGUCUGCUGCAGAAAAGAAUUCGCCUCAACAGAAGCGGAGAAGGCGGCGCCGCCGGCACUGGGAUGAGCAGCAGGAGGGGACCCACGCAGACUUGUCGUACGCAGUCGACGCCACCACGGACGCCACCGGAAGCGCAGCCAAGAAGCGCCGGGUGUCUCGGCAGCAGGCCGUGACCGUAGGGCUGUCGUAUGAUGACGAAGUGCCACCAGAGCCCGAGAGCCUGGCCUACGAAGUCGAAGUCGCCGAGGGCGAAGGCAGCGAAGACGGCGAAGGGGAAGAGGGCGAGGUGGAAGCGUCGGAUAAUGGUAGCGAUGACGGUGCCGGCGAGAACGACGAGCGAGACUACACCCUGGAGCACCGCGACCUGUACGAGAGCAGCGUCGGGGACGCUCGGGGCUAUUACCACGACGGGGCCUACGUUGCAGCGCCGCGCGAGGAGGACAUGGGCGGUUCGUCGGCGGCCGACAUACAUGGGCGCCACGGCCAGAUCUCGACAGGACAUUGUGAUGCUGAUGGCGGAACCGCCGAGCUGGACGCCGACGAUCCGGACGCCGAUCCGGACGCCGAGUCCGCGCGUUUCAGCGCCGCCUAUCGUUCUCGUCUGCUCCUGACCCAUUUCGUGCAGCUGCGCGCCAUUGUGCGGCCCUCCCCAGAGCACACCGACCUCGACCAGCUGAACGCCGCCGUCACCGCCCUCCCGCGGGACCACGACACCGACGUUGGCCCGCUGAGCACGAGGUCGAGUGUGUACCGUCGCUGGACGCACCUGCUGCGCACGACGGAGCCGCUGCCUGCGCAGAUUGCUGCCAUGGACAAGGUCAGCGUGCUGCGGCUGUUGCGCAUUCUGCUGCGGGGCUUGCUGGCGGGCGGCUCGUCGUCGUCACGGUCGUCGCGGGCGGGACGGUUCGAGCAAACGCUGGUUGGCGGCGGCGGCGGUGGUCUCGACAUGACGGGCCGUACGAGCCGAUGGCUGUGGUCGCUCUUUGCGCGGCUGCCCGACCGCGGCGAGCUGGACUACCGCGAAGUGGGCUACAUUCGGGACGUGGCAAAGCAAGCCGUGAUGCGGCUCGCGCACCUGAGCUACGACAUGGCGGGGACGAAUGUUCCAGGUGGUGGUGACGAGGAAGAGGGCGAGGAGGAGGAGGAGGAGUACGAAGAAAACGAACACGAGGGAGGUGAGGGCGCAGCAGACAACGGUGAUGAGGGUGGGGCCGACGCACCCAAAGGCCAGGAAGACCGAGACGAUAUACCCAUGGACAUGGAGCCCGAACCAGACACAGGCGAGGUCGAAGAAGCUGGGCCGAACGCUGUCGCCAGCGUGGAUGAGACAAAAUUCGGCGUUGCAGACGCUCAGGAUGCCGAAGAGGAAGACAACGACGGCGAGAUGCAGCAGCGGGCCACAUUGGAGAUGGUGCUGGCCGUCGCCGGCGAGUUCUACGGACAGCGCGACCUGCUGGCCUUUCGGACUCCAUGGCCGACUGCGCCGUCCGCCUGA